UUGGGAUUCAGUGUAGCAGCAAGGGAAAUCUGGAAUAUCUGGGAAAAGGGUAGUCGGUGAAAACCGGUACUAGACCGGCAAGAAUCCCAGCGAAGUGUCGACGGUCACACCGCAGAUCCUCACGGCGGAAUCCUCUGCUCCGUCUCCCUGCUGCCGGCUGCGGUUUUUCCUCCCAAAAGCUUCCCUGGAUCCGCACAGGUGAUUGAAUCAUCCACUCUGUGCAACGCGCCAGCUGGACUGAGCUGUGUUAGCAGACCAAAGAUGGAUCAGUUGUCAGAUGAGGAGGUGGAGGUCAGGGAGGAAGAGGAGGAGGAAGAGGAGGACAGUGACAAGGAGGACCAGGACCUGGAUAAGAUGUUUGGUGCCUGGCUGGGAGAGCUGGACAAACUGACACAGAGCCUGGAUGACGGUCGCCCGGAACACCCCCCGCAGGAGAAGGCUCCCCUCAGACAAGAGACCAACAUAGCCAAUUUCUCCUACAGAUUCUCCAUGUAUAACAUAAAUGAGGCCUUGAAUCAAGGGGAGAACGUGGAUCUUGAUGCGCUCAUGGCCGACCUGUGCUCCAUCGAACAGGAGCUCAGCACUGUCAACGCCAAACCAAGCAGCUCUGGUAGCAUGGCUCGUCUGGGGAUAACUGAUACCAAGGUUCGCCAGAAGCCUCCAGCUGGGCGCAGCAGCAGGCAGCAGCCAGCAGGAAGCAGCAGCAGUGCUGCCGGAAGUAGUACUAACAGUGUUAGCGGUGGGGGGGGCAGCAGCGGGGCUAGCAGUAGCAGCAGCAGUACCAGGGCGUCACCUGCCGGCACUAUCAGAGCUCCCACUGGGCAGCACGGGAGGCCGGCCCUGGCUUCUAACUUCAGUCUGGAUGACAUCACAGCUCAGCUGGAGAAGGCGUCUCUCAGUAUGGAUGAAGCUGCUCGUCAGACCUCCUCCCACUCUCUUAGCUCAGCCUCCUCCUAUACAUCAUCAGCCACGAUGCGAAGGCCCGGAUCCUCUCAGAGACAGCAUCGACGCACGGGAUCAGUUGGCACAGUCAGCGAGCAUGAAGUGCGUUCAGUUGUCCACUCCUCGCGCUCCUCUGUCACCUCAGCAUCUGGGAUUUCCGUUAACUCAGCUUCUUCCAUGGACUCGCUGGACAGCGUUCUCCGCUCCGACUUGGACGGCCAGCAGUCUGCAGUAAUGCCCUCAGCUGAAGAAGCCAGUCAAGGGCAUCACAACACGGAGCACUCGUAUCUGGACAGGGAAACCUCGCUGAUUUUGAGAAACAUAGCGGGAAAACCUUCCCACCUACUGACCAAGGAGGAGCAGGCUGCCAAGCUGAAGGCAGAGAAUAUCCGAGUGGCCCUUGAGAAGAUCAAGGAGGCCCAGGUGAAGAAGCUGGUGAUUCGUGUUCAUUUGUCAGAUGAGAGCUCAAAGACCAUGAUGGUGGACGAGAGGCAAACAGUCAGACAGGUUCUGGACAAUUUACUGGAGAAAUCUCACUGUGGUUACAGUCCAGACUGGUCACUGGUGGAAACCAUCAAUGAGCUGCAGAUGGAGCGGAUCUUUGAGGAUCAUGAGAACCUUGUGGAGAACCUGCUGAACUGGACCAGAGACAGCCAGAACCGCCUGAUGUUCACUGAGCGUAUCGAGAAGUAUGCUCUGUUCAAAAACCCACAGAACUAUUUGUUGGGGAGGAAGGAGACAUGUGAGAUGGCUGAGAGGAACAAGGAGGCACUGUUAGAAGAGUGUUUUGGGGGCAGCUCAGUGUCUGUCCCUGAAAUGGAGGGUGUCUUGUGGCUGAAAGAGGAUGGCAAGAAGUCGUGGAAGAAACGCUAUUUUCUGCUGAGGGCUUCUGGCAUCUACUACGUUCCCAAGGGCAAGGCCAAGGCAUCCAGAGACCUGGCAUGUUUCCUCCAGCUGGAUCAUGUUAAUGUCUACCUUGGCCAGGACUACAAGAGCAAGUACAAGGCUCCCACAGACUAUUGCAUGGUGCUGAAGCAUCCUCAGAUCCAGAAGAAGUCCCAGUACAUCAAGUAUCUCUGCUGUGAUGAUGUCAGAACCCUCCAGCAAUGGAUCAACAGUAUUCGCAUUGCUAAGUAUGGGAAGCAGCUGUACAUCAACUUCCAGGAAGCAAUGAGGAGGUCGGAGGCAGCCUAUGAUUGGUCCUCCCUCUCAUCAUCCUCCAUCAAGUCAGGAUCCAGCUCCUCCAGCCUUCCAGAGUCCCAGUCCAACCACUCAAGCCAGUCAGACAGCGGUGUAUCAGAAAUGACAUCAUCGGGCCACACCCGCUCCCAGAGUGUCGUCAGCUCCAUUUUCUCUGAUGCGUGGAGGAGAGGAACCCAAGGAGAGAUGAUGAAGAUCGACCCGAUCAGUAGACCCAUCCCUGUUCAGAUACCUAACCUCUCCCCUCAGCCACUCCCUGUCUCUCAGCCUCAGACUCCACCAUCUCGGAACAGCUUCACCGAUGGCCUCGUCCCAUCCGAGGAUUCCUCGCCAUCACCGCCGUCACCUCCUGCUCCACCCCCCGCAGCAAACUUGGCCCAUCAGCCUCCACCUGCCUCCUACAUUAAGUAUAGCACAUUGGCUCGCCUGCAGAGCCAGACCCAGUCCAGAACGCAGCAGGCAGGUGCCCCCCCACCCCCACUUCCCAACUACAACACCCUUCCAGCUGCCUACAGCACCUCCCCUCAACUACCACCAUCCCCCCCUCCUCCUCCGCCACCCACAGCACCAGCUCCUGGCUCAGCCAUGGCAGCUUUGAAAUUUGGCCCUCCAAGCCCCUCCGCUCUUCCACCACCACCCCCACUGGAGGAGGAGAUGACACAGGAGCCCUCCUACCUCCCACCUCCUCCUCCUCCUGAGAGCCUGGAAGCCAAUGGGUUGCCACCUCCACCACAUGCAGAGCCCAUCCCCAACUCGUGCCCUCAACUCUCCAACCACGGCCUCCAACAGUUCCUGGCACAGAAGUUUCCCAAUAUGGUGUAUGACUUCAGCCCAGCACCACCUGAGGAUAACUCUCCCCCACCUCCUCCUCCGCCUCCUGCUGAGCUUUCACCUCCAGCCUCCCUGCAAUUUCUUCGGCCUCUCUCUCCAAACGCACCACCUCCUGCCCCUCCCAAAACCUUUACUGGGGGAUUUCCCCCUCAAACUGCUCCUAAACCCUCAGGUCCCUCUUCCCUUCCCAUCGCACUCUCACCCGUCUCUCCAACACAGUCACAAGUUGGGCAUGGGUCAUUUAAAAAGCAGCAGAGUUUCUCAACAGGACACUCACCAAAUCAGCCGCCUCCCACUCUGCCAAAGCAGCACAGCCUCUCCUCCAAAAACCUCGCUAUCUCUCCCUCUUCCACCUCCUCUUCCGUCUCCAUUGCGGCCGCUACCUCCUCUUUGGUCAAACAGAUUGUCAAUCAGUUCCCAGGAAACUCUGCCCCUAACUCCAACAUGGAGGGAUCCAAGGUUGCUGCUCCACAGUCACCUCCAGCAGUUAAGGCCAAACCAAAGUGGCAACCUGGAGGUGUUGUGGCUCCACAGUCCCCAGAGUUCCCCCCACCUCCUCCUGAUGGCUCCUUAGGAGAGUUCCCUCCUCCUCCCUCCUCUUCAUCGUCCUCCAAGACGGGUUCACCAAUAAAGAAAUCACCUUCCACCUCAUCCACAGGAUCCUCCAAACGGGGGCCUCCACCUACCCCACAGAGAGCCUCCUCUAUCCGGUCUGGUUCAUCAGGAGAGACCCAGGAGGAAAGGUCCAAGACAGUGGAGAGCCUGGUCAGCAAAUUUGGCCAAGCUCCUCAAAUGGGCACCUCGUCAAGCUCCUCGUCAGCAACGGGGUCGCCUUCUAAAGACUCUUCCUCUCUUCCUGCUCCACUACCCAAACCGGGAAAGCUGAAUCUGGCAAACCUGCCGCUGGCGCUGCAGGGACUGCCGACGGGGCAGCACCACCAGCCUGCUGACUUUCCGUGCCCUCUGCCCCCACCUCCCCCUUCCCAGCUUCCUCACCUUGAUUCAUCCCCAGACUACUUCCCACCUCCCCCCAGUGACUCUGAGCUAUUCCCUCCUCCUCCCCACCCAUCGGAUUUCCACCAGCCCCCAAAAGUGGCAGUGGUGAACCCCCAACCUCAGAUGCAGUCACACCAACAGCAGGCAACAUCCUCCUUAUCCUCAUCGUCAUGGAAACAAGGAUCACUGAAAAAGGGGGCAGUCCCUCCUUCAACACUGAACCGGCGGACCAGCAACUCGGCUCAGUAUGAUAAUUCAACUUCAAUGCCGCUGUCACCACCACCUCUCUCUCAGACCCCACCCCCAUCACUGUCUUCUUACUCCUCCUCACCUGUCCCCCCCACCUCCCCCAAAUCAGUUGCUCCAGGCUCCCUGGCACUAAAAACUCACUUCCUUGAAGACCUCAACCGCACCCUUAAGAGGAAGUCUGUGUCCCGCCAUGGGUCUCUUACCUCCUCUCACCUCAUUUCCUCCUCCAAAAUGGAGCCUGUGGGCACCAUGGACGACAUGGCGCUCCUUCCACCUCCUCCACCUGAGCUCCUGCAGCAACAGCAGCAGCAGCACGGAGUCCGAGGACACUCUCAGACUUUGUCUCGCCACCACACACGCUCCCAAUCCGCCAAACACGCCAACAUCUCAGGCUAUGCAACGCUGCGGCGAGGCCCGCCUCCUGCUCCACCGAAACGGGACCAAAGCACCAAACUGACCAGUGAGUGGUAGGGAAAAGGACACUGUGGGCGGAGCUUAAAGAACUGAACUGACCAAUUAGGUCUUAUUGUUCCUGAACAGAAAAAAAUAAUCAAUGUCUCUCUUGACUCGUCUGUCUCUCCUCAUCCUAAACCAUCCACUCUUGGACUCUGAGAAGUAGCAAGUGUCCUACUAUUAAUUUCAGAAUCUGAUUGUUAAUAUUAACCUCAUUACUCCUAUCAUUAACAAUACAUGUUUAAUCCAGUUACAUAAGUAUAACAUAUGUACAUAUAUCUGUAUACGAGCAAGCCAGAAAAAACACCUAUCAAGCUUUUUUCACGUCUGUGCAGCUUUGCAUUGAAACAUAACGAGACAAAGACUUCAGCGGCAGCAGAGACCUUUUGCUGCAAAACAACAGGUACUGCAUGGAGCCGAGGCAGUGGAAGUGUUACUGAUUAAGGGAAGGAGGGAACAAUGGAAGGACGGCACAAUGGGAUGAUGUGUGUAGUAUGUUGUGAACUGAGGAGAGAGGGUGGUGGAGGCGUAGAGCCCUUAGAGGGAGAUUUGCCAUUUAUUUUCCAACUGUUUUUGUGUGUUUUUAUAUAAGAUUAUUUAAUACUGGAAAGAUAUUGUUGUUAUAAUUAUUUUAAGAUUUUAAGAAGUGUCUGAAGCGAAUGAGUUUGGCUAGAGAUGGGUCUGCCUUCUCAAAAGAUCUGGGCUGCCAAAAUUAGCAUAUGGCUAAUUCCACUGGGUUUAUAUUUGGGUCAUUUCUAAACUUUUUUUUUUUUUUUUAAAUUAACCUCUUAACAUCCACCAAGUCACCACCAAACCAUUUAGGGUUAGAUUCCACAUGUUAAGCAAGCCUAGUUUGAGAAACUAGAAUAUGCUACCUUUGAAAUCAAGUCCCUUGUUCUCUAACACACAUAAAGGAGCAGAUGUGAGGUUAACCUUAAGCAAUCAUUGGUGACCUUGGUGAGUUUCUGGGCUGAUUGGGUGGUGAUGCCCACAGAGUAAAACCCAGUUGGUUAAAUCUGUGCUUACUGAACAAAUGUUGAAUGUCAGAUAGACAUUCAUCCAGGAAUGCUGGGCAUGGAUUAUAAGCAAAUUAGGAAUCAAAUUACAUCACAUAGAAGUAUAUUUGCACAGGUUGUUUUCUUGUCUUCCCUCUCUAAGUUAGAUGUUUUGGAGGCCAUCAUGAUUUCCUUUGUCACUGCUGUCUGAGUGGUAUUAGUGUUAUUAUUAUGAGUCAGGUUUAAUUCUCUGUGCUCAGUUUUUGUCCUCUAACAUCAAAAACAUUUCCUCACAUUUUAAUGGCAGACUUGAUCAUAUCAUUGUUUAAACAGAAAGUGUCAUUAACUCAUUCAGUUUGCAGGUCAGUGAUAGCUACUAGGCCUGGGUGGUAUUGCGGUUUUUUUGUAUACUAGCGCACUUUCUCUCUGUACUCCACCUAACAGGUCACAGCAGAUGGCUGACCCACCCUUAAUCUUGUUCUCUUGGAGGCUCUUUCCACCUUCAGUACUCUAGGGGAAAAAAGUAGGCACUCCUUUCUAUUAAAGUGAUGAGGUCAUGAAUAGUAAUGCACUACAUGAAAAAGCCAGUGGUGGAACCACAGACAUUAUAAAUGACAGAUAUGGCAGUACCUAUACCUGUAUUCUUUUUAAUAGCCACCAGAUAGUGAUAACUAUGGUUGCAAAAAGACUUCGGGUCCUAUAGAAGUCUGUGGCAAACCGACUUUCUGACUUCAUCUCUGUAAACAUUUUCCUGCACAGUUUAUGGUCUCAGUUAUUCAUUUUGGGUCAUAUUGAAUAAACAACUGCAUUUUGUAAAUCUUGGUCAUAUUAUAUUUACUGGGUAUACUUGUAAUUGACAAGUCAUUAGCCAAAGAGUGUGCAGUUUCACAGUUCUCUCAUGAAAACAUUAAGAUGGCAACAGCUAAAAUGCUAAUGUGGAGCUUCAGAAUGAGCACAGAGUGGGUAACGUCACAGUGGCUCUGUUCAUCUUUUAUUCUGUCCAUGGGUGGAACAUUCAGCUGAGCUCAGUGAGCUUUGAAACAUGGCAAGUGCGAGUAGUAAACAAAGUGUAGCUAGUGUCAUUGAUAAAGGCAAGCCGGCUAACACGGGUAGCUGUGUACUGUUAAGCUGCAAUAAGUUGUGGCUAAAGAGGCUAAUACUAUCAGCGGGUUUUCCAGCAGUAAUAUGUGGAGGAAGUCCGUUGUUCCUGGCUGAAAAAAAAUCAUUUAAUUAGUGAAAUGGAAAUUCAGAUCUAGACUAAUGCAGCAGUCUCAAAGUAAGAAAACACCCAGAGUAAAGCUAAUGUUUGUAGUACCAGCACGAGCAGCCAUCUAUCCUUCAGUAUGUAAGCUGUGGUCCUCUGUAUGUGGGCUCACACAUUUCUGGGUCAAGAUUGAGUGGAAUUUGCAAGAUACCAUCUAUCCCACUUUGACAGCUGGGGUGGAGAUGCAGACACUAUUUUCCAUUUACAGAAAAAAAAACCCUGAAAAACAUAAAAUACUGUCCAAGCCUAAUAGCACACCAUGAAAAGAAGACUGUUAGUUUGCUAGUUAAUAAAUGAGUCAUGUGUUUGUCAGUCACUUUGAUAUUUAUUGAGGGUGUGUAUCUACUUGGUGUCUGUAGUAAUUAAACCCUGCUGGGAACAAGUGCCUGAAAAGCAGCUCAAACUGUUAAAAACUGUGUGCUUGCAUCACACCCUGACAUUCUGAAGCCCGGAACUUUAUGAUCUAUGACGCACUCACUACAUAUUUGUAUGAUAAUGUGGCCAGAAAAGCCUAAUUUGGAAAAACCCAAGGAGAAGCUGAUCUGACCAACCAAACAAAUCGCAUGACUAAGAGUAACGCAGUUCUCUAUUGGCCUUAAUUUCCCAUCAUUGGAACAUGAUUUUGAAAAUGAUGACAACUUCUAGGACUGGUUCAGGUGAAAUGAACCCAGAGAGCCAUUAUAUGCACAAUUUCACUUUUUUAUUUACUUUUGCACCCCUUAGCGGUAUAUAAAAAAGAGUAGACGGGGCUUCAGUCAACUGCAAGUAGUUUGACCCCUGCUAAACAAUAACACUGUUCACACUGAGCUAUUAAACAUUCACGUCUCACCCUGAGUUUAGGUUAAUGUUUGGAGUUGUCUGGCAGAUUAAGGUGAAACUACUGUGAAGAUUCACUGCAGCAUUUCACAUUCUUAUGUGCUGUCAUUUAAUAGUGGAGUUAAAACAUUUGGGGUUUGACAAAUGUGUGGUUAAAAUAAUGAUUUUGUCAUGUUGGGCUCUGGAAAAUUAUGAUGGAUAUUUUCCAGCACUUUCAGAGCCUGACAUGAGGAACGAGCACUCUGUAAAAACACUUAGGUAGUGCUGAAAGGCAUUUAAAGAAAGAAUGGACACAACCCAUGUUACUCUGUCAGUUAGCUGUCUUAGUUAGCUUGUAUAAGUCAGUACAUAAAAUCAUACAUGAAUGAUUCUGUGUUUUAGCAAUGUGUCUUCUGAUACUACUCAGAGGCUUAGAGUAGCCGGCAGGACGAUCCCAGCCAGUCAGGUAGUUAGUCUGCUGCUCCAUCCAGCCACACUUAUAGUUACUGAAACAUGGUGUCAUUUUUGAUAAAGGUUUUCUAAAUCCAUUUUCUGACCAUCCUUUUUAUAUGUAUUUUAUGUGCAGCUCAAGCUCACUCUGUUUCUACCUUCUUGUUUUUAUCUCACCUGAUGAAAAUUCUCUGCAUGACAUCACCACCAGUGCAGCAGCACAGAUGCCAAAAAUGUAAUAUUACUUCCCCCGUUUGGCAAUCAUCUCUGCUUCGAGGUUUGUUCAUUUUUUCCCCCAGUGUGUAUUUCUGGUUAGAAAAUGUUUUUUCUGUUCAUUUUAACAUUAAAAGCAUCUGCUUUGUGAUAUUGUCGAAGGCAUUGGAGGGAUUCACCUGAGAGAAGUACUUGCCAUGCCCACUGCCCUGCAGGAAAGUACUCACUCGGCCCACGUCAUGGUGUAUUUCAGUGACACUCAAGAUAUAGUUUGAAACUGAUCAAUGUCUUGAAAAUGUCUUGCUCAAGGACACCCAGCAGAGCACAUGGCUGUUUGGUGUCACAACUGCUGUUGCAUUUAAAAUAAAGAAGAAAUGAUCAAA